AUAUUGUUUUCGUAUUAUUUAAACUAAUGCUAAACGUUAUUUUUUGUUUAAUUCAGGUGAUAUUCUUAGACUUCACAGAUGGCUUAUGAGAUCUCUGUUCCUGAUGCGUAUAGGUAUAGAACGAUUUUCGAUCAACUUCAACCAACCUAUGGGAAAUUAUCUGGGGAAAAAAUUAGAGAGGUAUUUUUAAAGUUUCAGUUACCAGUUGAAACUCUUGGAAAAAUAUGGGACCUUUCAGAUAUUGAUAAUGAUGGUAGUCUAGAUCAGAGCGAGUUCAUUAUUGUAAGUUCAAAGUGAUAUCUGCCUAUAAUCGUUUUACUAAAUUUCAGUAUAAUUUUAAUGCUGAGUGGUUAUUUUAUGAUUCUCGUCAAAAUUCCACUGAUUAUUAUUAGUUAGUGCCACUAUGUCUAAUAUUUUUUUACGGUAGAGAAGUGUGUAAUAACACUUAUAGGUCUUAGUUCUCAUCAAAUAACCCUACUGGUUGGUUACUUAUUGUCAUCAGUUUUAUCGCCCCGGUGUGUUUUACUCGUGCCAUUACUUAUUUCAGUGGGUUCGUCUUCCCCAGCAUAGGAUUGUUUGAAAGGAUCCCGGGAGCCCUUAAAGCAACAUAUGGUUUCCGCUUAUGAAGUCACUUGUUUGGUGCAAGCCUUCUCAGAAAGCUGAGACUUCCUGAUAUGUGUUACAUAGUUAUAUACUCUUAAUUUUCCUCCAAUCAUUUAACACAGCAUUUGCUGCAAAGUUGACCGAUUUAAUUCGCAUCAGUAGAAUUAAUUUUUUUAGUCAGACAAUUGUGUAUUAAAUACUUGUCAGGUUGUUUAAAUAACAUCUAGAUAAAAGUAUGUGAACCUAAUCAUUAACCAUCCAGUCAUAAACAAUGUAAGAACCUGAUAUAAAUGAAUAUCGGCUUAAGUUGACGCAUAAGUAGCUAAUCUUAUUGUCUGUGGACGGUAAUUAACUGUAUUUCAUUCUCUUACCUUCACCCUUCUGUGUCAAUCAGUUUGUAAUUGACUCAAAUAAAUGCAGUUCUUAUUCAUAUGAUAUGUUCCAGAUCAUUUAUUAUUUGUCAGUUUAAAUCUUUAUUAAUUCAGUUGUCUCUCUGAUAUUCUACUAUAUUGUGUAUCAAUACAGUCUGUGUUGUUCAUACCUCAAUUCCAGUUAUUUAGUUUUAGUCACAUAAGUCAAUCAGUCGCAACGUAGAACCUAGAAAGUAUAUACAUUGGUUCAAGUUCCUAUAUCCCAUCAGCACAGCGAGAUGAAAUUAUCAGGCCAAAUCCCGGAAUAACGUAGGUAGUAACAGUAUCAAUGGUAAUAGAAAAGAUUAUGCAUAGAAGAUACGGUUCGAGAAAAUAUAAAUUAGUGAAUUGAAAAAGAUUAUAAGGCAUUCUGAAGCUUAGAAUCUGGGGGAAGACUAAGAAUUUAUGCACCUGUAUCAUUACAAAUGAUUUUGAGCCAUAUCAUUCUAAGUCUCUAACCACUGGUUACGAAAAUCACGUGGGCCUCAACCAGGUAUUCUAUACAUGUUAACACGAAUCAGUCCAAUUCUCAGUGACUUCAUGGAGUGAUGCGAUGUUUUGGUUUGACUGUUCCUCGGAUUCUUUCAGCUCACUCUUACAUCAAACAACAUCACCCGUCCAGGUAGGCAGUAGCUGGGUAUAUGUAACACAUGUCCCAACCACCUCAGUUGAUGCGCAUUCGUUACCCCACCAACCAAAUCAACAUUUUCAAUUUGUACUCUAUGUCUAACCCUGGCAUUGUUUAUUUUAUGAUCUCAAAACACGAACAGUGCUUCGAAGACAAAUAUGGUUGAAUACUAGUAAUUUGCGAAUAUUCUCUAUCCUUAAUGGGCAUGCUUCACAUCCAUAAAAUGAAACGGGGCGAACUGGUGCACAGUAAACUCGUCUUUUGUUGGUAGAUGGAUAUCUCUCCUACGCCACAAGUGAAGCAAGUUGACAAAUGCCGAUCGAACUUUCUGAGUCUGUGUUGAAAUUUCUUUAGAUACCAGAGCACCAGGACUAAUGAGGCUUCUAAGAUAAGUGAAGUGGUCGGUACGUCCAACUACUUCACUCCCUAUCAUUGAUUCAGGCGCCGACACAGGCCGAUUCCGAAGCAAUAUUUUUCAUUUGGAGUGAGAGAAUCGCAUUCCAAACAUACUUGCAUUGUUGCUUAACGCGGCCUUCACUGAAUAGCAGUAUAUCAUCUACAUAUUCUAAGUCAACAAGUGAAUCUCCUUGUGGAAGAUGAAAGUGUUAUUUCUAGAAGUCUCUGUUUGACAGAGUUAAAGAUGAGGAAAUCGGACAACUCUGGGGAACGCCAUUUGAAAUAAUCAAUUUUGGUAACAGUUCUCCAUAAGCUUGAAAUAUUCAUGUCAAAAUACACUUGUGUGGGUUACUUUUAUUUAUAUAAGUAGUAUAUAACGGUGGUCUGGCAUAGAAUGUAUUUCAGCAGAUCGAUGAGGAAAGAACGGGAACGGAAUGCAAUUGGUAUGAAAACGGAUGAACAAUCAAAUCUGAGACAAUGGAUUGAUGUUUACGACACGAACGGUCAAGUUUGAGGUGUUGGAUUGAUAUUUUGCAGAUUAACGAUUUAUUAUAUGGUUCUCAGAUUUUCUUGAGAUGCUCUGUAAUUUUGUGCUCAAAUACAUUCGAUUGUGUCACUCGUAUUCUUGUUCACUACACACUGAGUAUCGAAACGAGUUCAAAUUUCUAUCAGGUUGUCAGGACACAGAAACCUUACUCCAUACAUCCUAAGUUUUUAUACACUAUUAUUUCUGUUCAUUUGUGUUUAGGAUAAUACAGCUUUUUUUAAUUCUAUAAAUAUUUAGAAGGAUUUUGAUUGUAGGCUAUGCAUUUGGUCCAUCGAUCACUGGAAGGUAAAAUAUUACCGGACAAAUUGCCAAAGAAUUUAGUUCCUCCUGACAAAGAACAUUAUUUUUCAAACUCUACGUCUAUUAAUAAUUCCAUGUUGUGUUUACCGCCUAUUACUAGUGAUGCUGAUUUUAAUUUGGCACUAGUCCCUGUGCAGUCUACAUCAGAUUUAAAUCCAAGGCAGAGUACUGGAUAUUUAUCGGCGCUUGUAUCCGCUUUUCCAACCGGUGAAACAUUAACUACACAGUCAACUCAUACAACUCCCACUGUUUGGGCUCUGUCUGGUCAUCAACCUUAUCUUCAGUCGUAUAAUUUCCCAGAAUGGGCUAUUUCAGCAGACGAACAUGCAAAAAAUUUGAGAGUUUUUGCUGCCUUAGAUAUGGAUGCUGAUGGGUUAGUUUCAGGCCCUGAAGUGAGAGAUAUUCUGAUGCGAUCCGGUUUACCUCAAGAUAUUCUCGCUCAUAUAUGGGAGCUGGUUGAUAUACAGAAUACUGGUUUGCUAAACAGUGAACAGUUUACAGUGGCCAUGCAUUUGGCAACGGAACAGUUAUCUGCGGGCUCAUCUAAUCGUACCCUUCCUAAUGUACUUCCACCCGCUUUACUUCCACCAAGUUUGCGCCCUAUUCCUCCAGAUCCGUCUAUUUAUGAAGAAUCUAACAAACUAAUUGUAGAAAUAGAAGCAUUAAGCCGUGAAAAAUCUGCAGUAGAAUCUGAUUAUGUUUCUAUGGCCAAAGAUUCUCAACGUCGAGCAUCAGAAGCCACUGCAAAACAGCGUACAAUUGAUACCCUUAAUCAUACAAUCCGUAAUCUAGCUAAUCAACGUGUAGAAGCCGAACGUCGACUAGGCGAUUAUAGUCGUGAAAAAGAUACAUUAGAAAAUGUGCUUAAUGAAAUCAAAAGUCAUGUCGUGAAUGAGCGUCAAAAAGUUGAAGAAAUGCGUAUUAAAAUCAACUGUCAACAAGCCUCAACGAAAAGUCAAAAAGAAGAAAUAGCUUGUUUACGUAAUGAGUUGAAUGAAUUAAUACGAGAAGAAGCGAUGUUACAAGAUAAAAUAAUUGAAAAUCAACGCCGUUUAGAACAAAUUGAAAAGGAAAACCGUUUAGCCCAGUCUCGUGUAGAUCAAGCUAACAUUAAACUUGAAACAUUAGAAUCUACUCGUGGUCAAUUGUUAGAAGUGCUUGAACAAUAUAAUGGCUUAUUAAAUGGUGAUGAAAAUAUCAAAGAACCAGAUGAAGCAAGGGUUAAAUCGCUGCUUUCUGAUGAAAGUGCAAAAGAUAGUUUAAGAAGUUUCGAUACAGGUCUUGAUGGUGUAAAUUGGCCAAAUGAUAAUAAUGCGUCUUCUUUUACUACUGGUAUGUCAACUUUCUCAGCAUUUGAUACGGCACGAAGCCAAACUGGUGCUCACUCUGUACCACUUCCAUUAAUGUCAAUGAAUCCUGUAUCGGGUGGUGAUUGGAAGACGAAUGAAAGAUGUCUUCUAAAUUCUUCACUUGGAUUUCCAUUUCCUUACGAUCCUUUUGAUAGUAAUGAUCCUUUCAAAUCUUCUAAAGCCAAUGAGUUUCAUAAAGAAUCUGUUGAAGAUCCAUUUGCUUUGUCGAGUACAAAUGAUCCAUUCAAGGAUUCCGAUCCAUUUGGUAUAGAUCCAUUUGGCUUAUCAUAUUUAAUGGCUAAGGAUAAAAAGUCUCCAAAUACUAUUGCCUCAGCAUUUGAUCCUUUUAAACCGGACAGCGUGUGUCCUACUGUUCUUCCAGAAAAUUCAUUGAUUGGAGCAGAUUUCGAUGCUGUAUUUGGACCUUCCAAUGGUGAGCUAUCGAACAUGACUGAUCCGUUUGGUAGUGAUCCAUUUACACCUUCAAGUACCUCAUUCAUGAUGAAUACAGGUACGGCUAAUAACAAAGAAACAAAGAAUCAUAUGAAUUCUGUAAAGAAGUCUCCACCACCUCGACCAAAAACUCAACCAACUCCUGGUAAAUCUAUUCGAGCUUUCAAAUCUGUGGAUGAUAAUUCUAAUUUUUCUACUUCUGUUCAUCCUGCUAACUUUGAUGGAGAUUUUACAGACUUUAAUAAUUCAUCAUCAUUAUCAUCAACAAUGACUACUAUUCCAUCAAGAUAUCGUAAACAUUCAGUUAGUGGCGUUGCUGGUGUUAGCGGUAGUAAUUCAAUUAAUCAGAAAUCAACAUUCACUCUAAAAUCAAAACCUUCUGGUAAAAGUAUAAAAAAGGAUCCACAAAAUUCCCCAUCAUCAUCUUCACCAUCAUUAAUAAAUAAAAUAAAGAAUAUGAAAUCUGCUAGUGGUAGCACUGAUGUUCCGUUAUCUGAUGAAGCACGACUUUCAUGGGCUAUCAUUGAAAGUCAACGUCUUGCACAAAUCGAGGAAGAAGCUCGGAAACAAGAAGAAGCUGAUCUCGAACUGGCACUUCGUUUAAGUAAGCUAGAUUCAUCAAAUCGACAUUAAGAAAAAUAAUGAGGAUCGAUUAUUACAUUUAUUCACAUCUGUGAAAACCUAGAAAAUAACAGUAACAAACGUGUUGUCUUCUCAUUCACCGAUUUUAUCACUCCAUAUUCAUUUUUAAUUUAGGUUGGGUUAACUGUUCAACUCCUUUUUCUUGCAUAUAAAUACAUGAUUUUUACGUACGAGACUUGCAUCAAUUUAUUCGUUCUCUUUUGUUAAUAUGAAUUAUAAAAAAAGAAACUAUAGAAAGGAGAGCUAAAGAGAGAAAAACAUGAAGAAUUUGUUGUGUCGAUGAGUAGAAAUUCUGUUGAAUAUAGAAAUUGUAUUUACAGUAUUGUACAUUGAUUAAUGUAAAUCAUUGAGGUUACAUAAAUGAUUUGUCAUAUGUGUACUUGUAUUUGUUGAAGUAUGAAAUAUACUUAAAAUGUUUGCUUAAUAUGAUAAUAAAAUAGAAAAGAUUCUGUUGUACACAACCAAAUACACUUAUGUACUUAAACAACAGUUACUUACAAUAAUAAUAUUAUUAGUCUCUAGUUCCUUAAAUUUCAAAUUUUUAUUAUGAGUUAUAUAAUUUAUUAUUUAUGAAACAAAGUUUGCAUAACAUUUUACUUCAUUGUUACACGCAUACACUUUGAAUAAUAAUUACUUAGUCUAUGGAUUGAUUAAAAACAGUUACAUUGAAUAUUGUAGUAACAUUGAUUUUUAGAAUAAAACUAAUUAUCUAUGUAUUC